CGGUAGGAUCCCAGCCUAAACAUAGGCGCGGGUGCGUAGGUUGGUAUGUGCAUCGUAUCUAUGCCUGCUUACCUACUACCUCCCUGCCUACGCAUUUUACGCGAUGCGCAUCGGCGCCGCGUUUUCCCUUUGCUUGGUUGGUGGUAUUCUCCUUUGGCUCCCUACGCCGCAUCGCUAUUAUUGCGAAGCAUCCCCUGCCUACCGCAGGGCGAAACCGUUUUUGACGCCUAUUUCUACCGAGUUUACCGCGCUCUAACACGCUUCGCUGGUAUGCUUUGGCGGUGCUGGAAUCAUCGCCGUCCACGGGGAGUGCGCUCCACCCGAGCUUAUAUGCAGUCUUAACGAAUACGCGUACCCAAUACGAAAAUCCGUAGGCAUUGCUUUGCAGUAUACUAGCGGCCGCUGCCGCUCUCCGCCAUGGCUCCCGACGAGCCCACCACCCCGUGUAAGCCUAGGCGUCUCGUGUCCAGGCCGGAUAAGCCGGGCGACAUCUCCCAGCCCUGGACCGCGGCGCGCUGCCAGCGCCUGCUUCGGCCGCUGCUCUCGCGUAUUGCUUCUCUCAGGAGAGAUGCCGCCGCCGCGGCGACACAAGUCUCCGCCGCAGAUAACCUCACCCAGGAAGACGCGGAACUCGACGCGGCUGAGCAGCAAGGCAUUGCCUACUGCGGAUGGCUCAGGCCACGGAAGAGGAUCCGCCUCACCUACUCCCAGAGGCGGUCUUCUCACCUCGAGGGGGAGCAGUCUGCGCCGGCCAAAAACCCCAAGGGGCCAGAAUCGGCAACGUGCCUGAACCGACCCGAACCAAGGAUCCCAGCGCCCGGUGAGAUCGUCGCUGCUACGCCGUUGCUGCGACGUGCACGCGGUCACAUCGUCCCAUCCCCCGCGGCCCCUGGCCAGCCCGCUGCGAACUGCGACAAUUCGGGCGCUGACGGUGGCGGUGAGCCACGCCGGAAGAAUAGGCCGGUGACACGGCAAAGGGAACUUGAUCAGCGCCUGGCAAAGCUACGGGCCCGGUCAACGCCUAGCAGGUUCGGCGAUCUAGAGGCAAUCUACAGGAGCCUGGAAGCGCUCCUAAAGGCGACGCGGUGCGAUGCUGGCCCGGCUCGGGGCCCGCGGUCGUUCCUCGACAUCUGUUUACGGAAAGUGCCGCAAUACAUCGGGGAGCUCGAGGCUUGGGAGAGGACGGAGGCUGAACACAACGGCACGGUAUCUACGCUCGAUGGCGUCGACGCUUCGGCGCAUAUAUACGAUUAUUUGGACUCGAUCGGGUCCAACCGGGGGUGGAGACACCUCAGAGUUGUCGUUCGGGCCGACGGACUGAACGCGGUCAGACUGGCGAUCGAGGAAGGACUGUUCGACGAUGACUUCUCACAGCUGCUACUUGAUCUUUGCGUCCGAAGCGGCGCGUUGCUGGAGGCGGAGGAGCUUCUUGCGGCGUUGGCCGGCCGCCAAUUCUCCGAGCCGAAGACGCCGGACAGUUCUUUCGCAGAGCUGCCCCAUCUCCAGCCCCUGUCGGUGCUGUGGACUUUUGCUAACAAGUUCGAUCGCCCUUCCUUCCUUUUUCGACAGUACUCGCGGUUGCUAUCUGAUGGAAACCUUCCGCAGGACUGGCUUACGACGCGGGGAUUCGAGCGGGUAUGGGUAUUGGCUACCCGACGUUUGUCCAUGGCGGAUGCGGCUAUCGAUGCUGUCGCGUUUAUGUAUCGCUCCGUUUUAUUACUAUGUCGCCGUAGGCGCACGCCCGCCAGCGGGGUCGAGGCAGCCCGGCAAGAAAAAGACAUGGCUAUCGCCAACAACCAUACGUUGAUGAGUGCCUUGACGGUGCUCACCGCUAUGUGUUCGCUGGGCGAGAUUGAGCUCCGCUCGCCCAGCGUAUCAGAGGCGGAGAUCGCGAAGAUAGGCCUCAUCGGCGAUCGGCUCAGGUACAUCAUCGGAUCAUGUUUAGCCCAUCUAGAGUCGUCAAGGUUUACGCGGCACGGGUUAGGCAGAGACCUACUGCAUAUGGCGCUUUUCCUAUCUUCCAGUCACGCCCAGAGUGACGCCAUCAGCUCGCAGCUCAAACACAUUGUCGAACAAGCUUGGCGUCAGAAUGUCGAGCCCAAGUCUACGCGAAGAGGUCAGGCGAGACACCGUCUCAACGAUAUGGCCUCGUUCCUAUCGGCAGUGGCUCGCAACUGCGGACGCGGCAUGUCGCAGGCAUCUCACAACUGCCUCGAUACUAUAUUCGGACAGAUCGAACGUCUCGAGCUCGACCGAGAAGUCGUGGACAGUUUGAAGGCGGUUGCGGCCUUCUCCCUGGCACAGCAGACCAACAACGUCAAGGACUUCAUCUACGCCGAAAGGCUAGCCGCAAACCAUUCCCUGGCCGCCGCAGGGAAUGGCGCAGGCUCUCGUUUGGACUCGCGCUCGCUGUUCACGGGCUACCGCUGGGAGGAAACUAUAGGCGAAUGGGUGACGACAAGCCCCGUCAUCACUCGACGACCACCCCAGACACGGGCACUGGCGAGGGCGAGGGGUAGUCCAUCGCCAUCCGCACCUAGUGUGGAUCGUAGCAUCAGCGACGAACAGGGAGCAUUCCAAUCCGAGGACGCGGUAUGGGCUGACGCAGAUGACGUUCCAAGUCUCGAAAUAGAACAGGGACCAGAACCGAGCCUCUGCGAGGCCCACCAGGACCCUGUGGCAGUUGUAGCCGAGCGCUUUCGUUUGAAGAAACACGCACACCACACCAAGCCACGGGCGGCCACGGGCGGCGUCGCGUCGUCGACCUCCUCCUCGCGCCGGGACAGUAAAGGUCUCGGGUUUGCCUCUCAAUCAGGAUCUGCGUACCUAUCGCAGGACGAGCUCGACUCGGAGAAGGAGAACCAGCAAUGCGGCGUGGCCAAUAAGCCAGGAAGGAAGAGCGUGGGGGGGACUGCGCGAAAUCCUAAGUUGCGGUCGCGCCUGGCAAGCCAGAGAGGCAGUCUAAACGGGUGCGAGUACAGCGACGACGAGCUUUGCAUGUGACGACCUGGUUGCUGCCCGUCGGGGAAGAAACGUUGCACGAAAUUCUACGGC